AUGCGCGGUACCCGGUUGCCAGUGUCCUUAGCCCUGGGCGUUAGCCCACGGCAGGCCUUGAGACCAUACAGCUCCUUUACUCGCGAUCUACUCCCCAAAACGACGUCGCCUUCAAUAGCUACCGGCGAUCGCAAUGGGUUGAACCGACUCUACUCAACCGCAUCGGGAGCCCUCCGCGACGGAUCUAGUCCGCCAUUGCUUCAACAUAAAAACGUCAAAUAUAUCCCUUUAGCGUCUCGCAUUGUAUCGCAGACCCGCCUGUUUUCUUCCACCACGAACCUCCUUCAAGUGAAACCUCCCGCGUCCACGCCUCCUCAAGAGCAAGCCCAAAACCAAGCAUCCCGGUCGACUCCGGAACCGAAGGAAGAUGAAGAGGAGAAAGGAUUCGAGUUGUCCGAGCGAGCGGCACAGGCGGCACAGGUAAAUAUGAGCGCCAGAUUGGCUAAGGACGGCGCAUCGGGCAAGAAGUCCGGAUUCCAAGAAAUCUGGCGACUCUUGAAAGUUGCACGUCCCGAAUCCAAGGCCCUCGGCUUUGCUUUCUUCUUCCUUUUGAUCUCUUCGUCUAUCACUAUGUCGAUUCCCUUCUCCAUUGGUAAAAUUAUGGACACCGCAACCAAGAGCGUAGCGGAGGGAGGCGGCGAACUGUUCGGCCUGAGUCUUCCCAUGUUCUACACUGCUCUCGGUGGAAUCUUGCUUGUCGGUGCUGGUGCCAACUAUGGACGCAUCAUUAUCCUCCGAAUCGUCGGUGAGCGAAUUGUUGCCAGACUUCGUUCCAAGCUUUUCCGCCAAACUUUCGUCCAGGAUGCUGAGUUCUUCGAUGCAAACCGAGUUGGUGACCUGAUCUCGCGACUUAGCUCCGAUACUAUUAUUGUUGGCAAGAGUAUCACUCAGAACUUGUCCGAUGGAUUGCGAGCUGCUGUUAGCGGUGCUGCUGGUUUCGGUCUGAUGGCUUACACCAGCUUGAAGCUGUCCAGUGUCUUGCUUUUGUUGCUACCUCCAAUUGGUCUUGGUGCUCUUUUCUAUGGCCGCGCUAUCAGGAACCUCAGUCGCAAGAUCCAAAAGAACUUAGGAUCUUUGACUAAGAUUGCCGAAGAACGCUUGGGAAAUGUGAAGACUAGCCAGUCUUUUGCUGGUGAGGUUCUUGAGGUCAACCGUUACAACACUCAAGUUCGGAAAAUCUUCAACCUUGGAAAGAAAGAAUCUUUGAUUAGUGCAACCUUCUUCAGUUCGACUGGCUUGAUGGGAAAUAUGACCAUUCUGUGUCUGCUCUAUGUUGGCGGUGGAAUGGUUCAAUCUGGUGCUAUCAGUAUUGGAGAACUGACCUCAUUCCUUAUGUACACAGCAUAUGCAGGAUCUAGCAUGUUUGGUUUGUCCAGCUUCUACUCAGAACUGAUGAAGGGCGUGGGUGCGGCAAGCCGACUCUUCGAGUUGCAAGACCGUCAACCUACAAUUCACCCGACCAAGGGUCUCAAGGUUGAAUCCGCCCGCGGCCCUAUCAAAUUCGAAAAUGUCACAUUCAGCUAUCCCACCCGUCCUGCUGUGACGGUCUUCCAGGACUUGAACUUUGAGAUCCCUCAAGGAACGAACGUGGCAAUUGUCGGACCAUCUGGAGGUGGUAAAUCCACCAUUGCGUCCAUUUUACUUCGGUUCUACGGCCCUACCGAAGGCCGAGUUCUGAUCAACGGCAAGGACAUCAAGGGAAUGAACGCCAAGUCCCUGCGGAGAAAGAUUGGAGUUGUCUCACAAGAGCCCGUCCUGUUCUCCGGAACAAUUGCCGACAACAUUUCCUACGGUCUGCCCAACGCAUCGAGAUCAGAGAUAAUUGCAGCUGCCCGCAAGGCCAACUGCCAAUUCAUCAGUGACUUCCCCAACGGACUCGACACUCACGUCGGAGCUCGCGGAGCUCAACUCUCCGGCGGCCAAAAGCAGCGCAUUGCCAUUGCGCGUGCCCUCAUCAAGGAACCCGAUAUUUUGAUCCUGGACGAAGCAACUUCCGCCCUAGAUGCCGAAUCCGAAACCCUCGUAAACAGCGCACUAGCCGCUCUCCUCCGCGGCAACAACACCACCAUCAGCAUCGCCCACCGCCUCUCCACAAUCAAGCGCUCUGACACGAUUAUCGUCCUCGGUAACGAUGGCAAGGUCGCUGAGCAAGGCUCAUACGAGCAGCUCAGCUCCCACGACGGCGCUUUCUCCAAGCUUAUGGAAUGGCAAAUGAGCGGCGGCGAAACUGCUCAACCUCCGGCCCCAAAGCCGGUCGAUACUGACCGGCUCUGGGAUUUCGGGAAGGAGGCCGAGGCCGAGCCUGAGUUGGAGGAGUUGGAGGAGGAAGAAGAAGAAGCAGAAGUCGGGGUUGAUGAACAUUCCUCUCGCAAAAAGGAGUAA